AUGCCCGACCUCGAUCUCUUUCUUGACAUCACAGCGCCAAACGGCCGCCAGUAUAAACAGCCCACAGGUUUGUUCAUCAAUAAUGAGUUUGUGAAAUCUACGUCCGGUCAGACGAUUGCAUCGGUGGAUCCAGCAACAACCCGUGAAAUCGCCUCUGUCUAUGCAGCUGGUGCUGAAGACGUCGAUAAAGCAGUAAACGCCGCUAAGGCUGCUCUCAAAGAUCCGUCGUGGAAACUCCUUCCCGCCACAGACCGGGGAAUGUUAAUCGGUCGGUUGGCCGAUCUAAUAGAGCAGAAUAAGGAGAUUUUCGCCACUAUCGAUGCAUGGGAUAAUGGGAAACCUUACCACGUUGCGCUGAGCGAGGAUCUGGUGGAAGCCAUCACAACUUUCCGGUACUACAGUGGCUGGGCCGAUAAGACGUUCGGCCAAACUAUCGGCACCAACCCCCAGAAAUUUGCCUAUACAAUUAGACAGCCCAUCGGUGUUGUGUGUCAGAUUAUUCCAUGGAAUUAUCCUCUUUCUAUGGCAGCUUGGAAGCUGGGGCCUGCACUGGCUUGUGGCAAUACUGUUGUGAUCAAGGCUGCUGAGCAGACACCCCUCAGCAUUCUGGUUCUUGGAACAUUGAUUAAGCAGGCUGGGUUCCCUAAGGGUGUUGUGAAUAUUAUCAAUGGGUAUGGGCGAGAGGCUGGGGCUGCGUUGGUCCAGCAUCCCUUGGUUGACAAAGUUGCGUUUACGGGCUCCACUGCUACCGCGAAGGAGAUCAUGAAAAUGGCUGCUAGCAGCUUAAAGAAUAUUACUCUCGAGACGGGAGGAAAGUCGCCACUGAUUGUGUUCAAUGAUACUGAUUUGGAACAGGCUGUGAAGUGGUCCCAUUUCGGUAUCAUGUCCAACCAGGGCCAGAUCUGCACCGCGACAUCGCGGAUCCUUGUUCAGAAGGGCAUCUAUGAUACCUUUGUUGAACAGUUCAAGGGUGUUAUCCAAUCCACGUCCAAGAUCGGAGAUCAGUGGGACGAAAGCACCUUCCAAGGGCCCCAGGUCACUCGCGCCCAAUAUGAUAGGGUGCUCUCCUACAUCCAACUGGGCAUUUUGGAGGGCGCCACUGUGGCUUCAGGAGGAGGACCCCACCCACCGAGCAGCAAUGGAGAUGCGGGUUAUUAUGUGAGCCCAACAGUUUUCACGAACGUCAAGGACUCAAUGCGCAUCUAUCGGGAGGAGAUCUUCGGUCCCGUGGUUGUGAUCGUGCCCUUUGAGACGGAGGAGGAAGCCAUCGCGCGUGCGAAUGAUACCACUUACGGCCUUGGUGCGGCUGUCUUCACAAAGGAUCUUGAGCGCGCUCACCGGGUUGCGGCUGAAAUUGAAUCUGGAAUGGUCUGGAUCAAUAGCAGCCAGGACUGUGACCCUCGGGUUCCCUUCGGAGGUGUGAAGCAGAGUGGAAUCGGGCGAGAAUUGGGAGAAGCCGGACUUGAAGCUUAUAGUCAGGUGAAAGCGAUACAUAUCAAUAUGGGAAACCGACUAUAA